AAACACUCUUCAUCAAAACCAUAUCUUUCUCACUCUCUCUCUCCCACAAUGGCUUCUCACUACGAUAAGCUUACUUCUUCCAGAGUAGCGAUCAUUGGUGCGGGUGUUAGCGGUUUAGCAGCCGCUAAGCACUUAGCUCAUCACAACCCGACUGUUUUCGAAGCCUCGGAUUCGGUCGGAGGUGUUUGGAAGAGCUGCACUUACGAGACGACUAAGUUACAAUCGGCUCGAGUCGAUUAUGAGUUCUCUGACUUUCCGUGGCCUAAUAGAGAUGAAACUACUUUCCCGUCUUACGUUGAGAUAUUAGAUUACUUGGAAUCCUAUGCUAAGCAUUUUGAUCUCCUCAAGUUCAUGAAGUUUAGCUCUAAGGUCAUCGAAGUUAGGUACACCGGUGAAGGCGAAACUCCUCAGAUGGUUGCCCUCGGUGCUUACGGCAACUUGUUGCCCGGAAAACCUGUCUGGGAAGUUGCUGUUCAAAGCGGAGAUGCUGGAGAUAUUCAGUGGCAUGCAUUUGAGUUCGUGGUAGUGUGCACCGGGAAAUAUGGUGACGUACCGAGAAUACCGACUUUUCCGGCGAAGAAAGGGCCUGAGAUAUUUAAAGGGAAAGUGAUGCAUUCGAUGGAUUACUGCAAGUUAGAGAAAGAAGAAGCAUCUAAUCUCCUCCGUGAUAAGAAAGUCGCCGUCAUUGGCUUCAAGAAAUCCGCCAUUGAUUUGGCUUUAGAGUCUGCUGUAGCUAAUCAAGGAGAAGGAGGAAAAGCAUGCACAAUGGUGGUGAGAACAACACAUUGGGUGGUUCCACAUUAUUGGAAAUAUGGUCUUACACCAGACCAUUCUUUUGAAGAAGACUACGCUUCUUGUCAAAUGGCCAUCUUACCGGAGAAUUUCUUUGAGGAAGCGGAUAAAGGAAUGAUCCGGUUUAAGAAAACAUCAAAAUGGUGGUUUUAUGAACAAGGGAUUGAGUUUGAGGAUGGAACUACACUGGAAGCUGAUGUUGUGAUACUCGCAACUGGUUAUGAUGGCAAGAAGAAGCUCAAAGCCAUUGUUCCUGAACCUUUUCGAACUUGGCUUGAGUUUCCAUGCGGUGUCAUGCCUUUAUACAGGGGAACAAUCCAUCCAUUGAUACCAAACAUGGGUUUCGUGGGAUAUGUUCAAAGCAACGCGAACUUGCACACAUCAGAGCUACGUUCGUUGUGGUUAAGCCGGCUCGUGGAUGAUAAAUUCAAAUUACCGAGCAAAGAGAAAAUGUUGGACCAAUUCUUCAAAGAAAUGGAAGUGAUGAGAGGAUCGAGCAGAUUCUACAAACGCCAUUGCAUUUCUACUUUCAGCAUCCAACAUGCCGAUGAUUUGUGUAAUGACAUGGGACUUAAUCCUCUGCGAAAACCCAACUUGUUCCUCGAAGCUUUUAGUCCUUACGGUUCUCAAGACUAUCGACUCAGUCAAGAGGAGAGUAACUAAAUAUACUUACUACUCAAGGAAUAUAUAACAUUAUACUUGACGAUAAUAUACUGUAUGAUAAAAUUAUAAAAUUGUGUUGGUGAGUCAUUGAAUAAUCAUCAUGUAUGUUCCACUACAUCAUCAGCUUUUGCUACACUCUUGUAAUUAUUGUAUGAAGAUAUAAUAAAGUCGUACCAAUUUUAA